AUGCACAUUGAGAAUAAUUUCAACUUCAUCGGCUACAAUCCAAAAGGUGGGAAAACUUUCCAACCCGACUUGGAAUAUAUAGCCCCAGAGGUCCAACUCCAUCGCACAAUGUCCCCUCUGGCUGAUAUCUUCUCUCUCGGUAUGGUAAUCUGCGCCAUAUUUAACAAUGGAGCCUCACUGCUAGCUUGCGAAGGAAAUGUAGCAAAUUAUCCCGCGGCAAUUCAAAAUGUACCGGCAAAGUUCCAGGAAAUCGUAGAUCGCAUGCCGAAACCCCUGAUUGAACCCGUUCGAAAAAUGAUCAGCCAAGAUGUUCGUGAACGACCCACUUCACAACUUCUUGCAUUGCUCAAAAUCUUCAAUGAACCUUCGCUCCUCUCCUACGAAGGUCUUCUAACACUUCAAAAUCGUUCUCAAAAUCAAAUCAAGGAGUUUUUUAAUCGUUUUGCAAAGGCAAUUCCUGAAUUUGAUGAGGCUUUUCGUUACAAGAAAGUACUGCCUCUUCUAUGGGAAUGGUACGAUACUCAUGUGGAAUUGCAAUCUUUUGUUUUUCCCUCCAUUCUUGCUACUACGCACAUAGCAGAAAAGGUUGAUUUCGAUCUUUAUCUCCACGAUCGACUAGUCGCUGUACUCCGCGGUCCCAAAAACAAACAGACGACCCUGGUCGCGUUGGAUUUAGUAGAAUUCUUUAUCAAGUAUCUGACGCCAGAGGAAAUAGUAGAAACCGUUCUGCAGGAUAUCUCCAGUUGCAUCAGAAUGGGAAGUCGAAAAUCGCUGCUUAAGGAAUUUGAGCAUAUUCCUUAA